AUGCAAAACAGUGUAGCAGUCAACUUCAUUGGGAAUGCUCCUUACCAAGAGAAGGGUUUCAAGAAGUACUCUGAGUUGAUUUCUCUUCUCCUUGCGGCUGAACGAAAUAAUGACUUGCUCAUGAGAAAUCACGAUAAUCGGCCCACUGGGUCCAUACCAUUGCCGGAAGUGGAUGAGGUGUAUUCCCGUUAUGCUAAGCGUGAAAAAGGUCGUGGCCCUGUUCGUGGUCGUGGCCGUAGCCAUGGUAGAAAUUUUCCUGGUGUUAAUCAUCCCCCAAAGAAAAAUAACCAUCAAAAGUGGAAAGGAAAAGAUGAGAAGCCAAAUGCAAAGAGUUCAAAAAUUGAAUGCUAUCGUUGCGGUGGAAAAAGGUAUUGGGCAAAUAUUUGUCGUAAACUAAGACAUUUGAUUGAGCUUUAUCAAGCGUAUCUAAAGAAUAAAAGCCCUGAAGCUAAUUUUGUCUAUGACAAUGAAUUUGACAUCACCCACUUGGAUGUGGCAGACUUUUUUGAGCACCCUGAUAAAAAAAUAUAUCAUUUGAUCGGUGGUGGAUCCGUGGUUAAAGAUGAUUGA